ACAGGAGAGAGAAAGCUCCCUCCCCAAUAUCUCUCUUCCUAUUUAUCCCAAAAAAACCCUAUCUUUCGUAUCUCAAAAUUAAAUAUCUUGAUUCUAUAGAUUCAACUUUGUUCUUCAAUUGCUGAUUCAACUUUUGAAUUGAUCCGAUACUGUUUCGAUUGGAGAAAAAAGAGAGAGAAAAUUCGAGGUAUGCAGGCUGAUCAAACGGUAAUAAGCUUGAGACCUGGUGGAGGAAAUCGAGGAAGAACCACUGGCCCUCGUUUUGAUUCGUCGGCUUUCGGUUCAUCAGAUCUUCCAAUCCUUCGUCCUCAUGGCGGAGCUGGCGCUCCUUCUCUCGCCGCCUUCAAGACUGGUGAUUCCCGCUUUGAAGUCCGUGAACGUGUUCGGUAUACCAGAGACCAGCUGCUACAACUUAGAAAGGUUGUAGAUGUCCCUGAGGAGAUUCUUAAAGUCAAAAAAGAAGUUGACGCCGAGUUUUUUGGUGACGAUCAAAACUGGACCAAAGCAGAAGCAAAUCUGCCAAGUCUUCCUCAGGCACGUUAUUCGGAGCUUGAUAAUCGUGACUGGCGAGGACGUUCAGGUCCUACUUCCGUGGAAGAGAGGUCUUGGGAUGCUGGCCGAGACAAUAGGGAUUCUGGCCGUUUUGACAACAGGCAACAGGACACGAAUCAUUAUAAUCGUCAUGACCAACUGAACUCACAGUUUGGUAGAGCACAGACUCCUAACCAAGGGAGUGGCCCUACUCCUGCCCUUAUCAAAGCUGAGGUGCCAUGGUCUGCUCGGAGGGGGACUCUUUCUGAAAAUGACCGUGUCUUGAAGACAGUAAAAGGUAUCCUGAACAAGCUGACUCCAGAGAAGUUUGAUCUUCUCAAAGGGCAACUUAUUGACUCAGGGAUCACAACAGCUGAUAUUCUGAAGGGUGUGAUAUCCUUGAUAUUUGACAAAGCUGUACUCGAACCUACAUUUUGCCCAAUGUACGCUCAAUUGUGUUCGGAUCUCAAUGGGAAGCUCCCCCCAUUUCCAUCUGAUGAGCCUGGUGGAAAAGAGAUCACAUUCAAGCGCGUGCUGUUGAAUAAUUGCCAGGAGGCUUUUGAAGGUGCAGACAACCUGAGGCAAGAGAUAAGGCAGAUGACAGCCCCCGAGCAAGAGGCCGAGCGUAGAGAUAAAGAAAGAAUUGUUAAGCUUCGUACACUUGGAAACAUCCGUUUGAUUGGUGAGCUUUUGAAACAGAAGAUGGUGCCUGAAAGGAUUGUUCAUCACAUUGUUCAGGAGCUCUUAGGACCCGACAAUAAAACUUGUCCGGAGGAGGAGAAUGUGGAGGCGAUAUGCCAGUUUUUCCACACCAUAGGCAAACAACUUGAUGAGAGUCCAAAAUCUAGGCGGAUUAACGAUGCAUACUUCAUCCGACUAAAGGAGCUGUCGACAAACCCACAUCUUGCCCCACGUAUGAGGUUUAUGGUUCGUGAUAUUCUCGACCUCCGCUCGAAUAACUGGGUUCCCAGGCGUGAAGAGGUGAAAGCCAAAACGAUUACAGAGAUCCAUAAUGAAGCAGAGAAGAACAUGGGACUCCGGCCUGGUUCUACUGCAAGCAUAAGGAACAAUCGUGUGGUGGCUGCUGGAGCACAAGGGGGGUUAACCCCUGGUGGCUUUCCUUUGAACCGCCCUGGUGCUGGCGGCAUGAUGCCUGGGAUGCCCGGAACCCGAAUUAUGCCUGGCAUUCCUGGUAUCGAUAAUGACAACUGGGAGGUCCCCAGGUCCCGGUCAAUGCCAAGAGGUGAUGGGACACGAGCUCAGCCACCUUCCCAUGGAAGAACACCAUCUUUGAAUCAAAGAUUUUUGCCUCAAGGUAGUGGUGGUUUCAUUAGCGGUAGGUCUAGUGCCUUGGUGCAAGGCGGCGGUGGAGGCGGUGCCGCCCCUGUUCGUUUACCAAGCUUUGGAAAUCCGGUGGAACCAUCUCCGCCAUCUGCUCCAAGUCCAUCGAAACCUGUAGUAGCUGCUGCUCCUUCAAGAGCAAAGGAUACGGAUGAACUAAAGAGGAAAACAAUCUCCCUUUUAGAAGAAUAUUUCAGCGUUCGUAUGCUUGAUGAAGCAUUGCAGUGCGUAGAAGAACUGAAAUCUCCGGAGUACCACCCGGAGUUUGUGAAGGAAGCCAUUUCGCUUGCUUUGGAGAAAAGCCCACCAUGUGUUGAACCCAUCACCAAACUCCUUGACUAUUUGUGUUCGAAGAAGGUUCUCGUUAAACCCGAUUUAAGAACCGGGUGCGUCAGCUAUGGGUCGUUGUUGGAUGAUAUCGCCAUCGAUUUACCAAAAGCACCCAACAACUUUGGGGAGAUUAUGGGACGUCUGGUGGUUUCUGGCGGCAUAGAUUUCAAGGUGGUUGCGGAAGUUGUAAAGAAUAUGGAGGAGUAUUUCCGCAAGGCGGUUUUUGGCGGGGUAAAGAGGAUUGUGGGUUCAAGUUCUUCCGGGAACGUUAUCUUGACAGCGCAGGCGGCCGACGUUGCGGUGUGUGAAAGCCUAUUCUGAGAGCAUCAUAGGUGUGGGUAGUAAGGGUGGUGAGUGAGGUGUAUAUUUUGAUUUUGAUUGAAAUUUGAUAGCAAUGAAUGUGUUUUGAGAUGGGAGGUGAAGAAGUGCCUUGAAUUUUGGAACUUGUUCUUCUGUACUUUGGAUAUUUAGUUUUGUGACUUUUUAUUUAUUUAUUAUUCAACUUUUGAGGAACUUCAU